AUGAGUCGGCUUGGUCUCUUCUAUCGCUCGGUUCUCCUUCAGAUCAUCCUUGUCGGCCUGGUGUCCUUCUCCCAGCCCGGCAUCUGGAAUGCGCUCAACGGGCUUGGUGCCGGCGGCGAGGAGGAACCGUACCUGGUCAACACGGCGAAUGCGCUCACGUACGGGAUCAUGAUCUUUGGCUGCACCUUGGCCGGCGGUGUUGUGAACAAGAUUGGCGCCAAAUGGACCUUGGUGAUUGGUGUGAUUUUCUACACUCCGUAUGCGUCGAGCUUGUACUGCAACAACCGCUUCGGCAACGAAUGGUAUGUCAUCUUUGGCGCUGCACUCUGCGGGAUCGGCGCCUCGUUGUUCUGGGCCUCCGAGGCGUACAUUGCCGUCGGUUAUCCGUCCGAGGCGCAACGUGGUCGUCUGAUCGGCAUUUGGAUGGGUCUGCGGAGCAGUGCUCCCAUCAUUGCGGGCGCCAUCUCUGUCUCGCUCAACAUCGGACGGUCGACCGCUGGCAAGGUGAGCCCCGACACUUACCUGGCGCUGAUUGGGAUCCAGUGCAUCGGACUACCGCUCGCCUUGUUGCUCAGCCCUGAGUCCAAGGUGAGGCGUCCGGACGGCACAGGCGUACCGCACCUUCGCAGGACGACGGUCAAGGAAGAAAUCAAGGGCAUCUGGCACACCAUGCGUCUUCCUCACGUCGUUCUUCUCAUCCCCAUCUUUGUCAUGGGCGAAUGGGGCGGCGUGAGUCAGGGCAACUAUUUGACAAAGUACUUUUCCGUCCGAUCUCGCGCCUUGGCCCAACUCUUGACGGCCAUCAUCAGCGUCAUUGCUGACCUUUCCGUCGGUUUUGUUGCCGAUACGCGCUGGCUUGGAAACCAACGUCAACGAGCCCGUUUCCUCUGGGCCUUUUUCGCCAUCUUUACCAGUGCGCUUUGGAUCUGGCAAACGAUCACACAAGUCCGCUUCUCGCGAGACCCAACCCCUGUCGACUACAAAGGCAGCUCGGGGCGAUUCAACAGCGCGUUUGCCGUCUACUUGCUAUGGAAAUUCGCGUACGAAGGACAGGUCGUCUUUCUCUACUGGCUCAUUGGCACCUACCCGAUUGCCAAGGGGACUUUACCGCGGGCUGUGGGUGUCUUGCGCACCUAUGAGUCUGUCGGCAGCUGCUUUUCGUUCAUCGUCGGCGCGACACACUGGCCGAACCUGAACCAGAGCCUGCUCUCGCUUGCUCUCUGGCUCGUGUGCAUCCUCCCGACCACGCUAGCGAUCAACAAGGUCCCGAGCGAGCGGAUUGAAAAGCUAGACGAAACAGAGGGCGCGAGGGAGACGGACAUUGUGCCAACACUCCAGCGAGAUCAAGAAAAGGGUUCACUGCAGGACGAGGUGCGCGACAAGGUGCACGACAAGAACUUGCUCGCAUCGGACGACUCGGUCUGA